AUGUCUCAACCCUGGCCCGGGAAUUGCUGGACCAACUACCGUGUCCAGAAACACCGGCGAUCCAGAAUAGUGUCCGUCGUUGAUGCGUGGGGCGACGAGCCUGAUCCAGCUUCGUCGUCUGGUUUCUCGUCUUUGACCUCCGGGAUUAAGGUCCGACGGGCGAGCGACCUCCGUGUCCGGUUUCGCGAUGCGGAUCAGUCGUCGAAGCCAGAUCGAUGCGCACCUGCUCGAAGUUCUGCACCUCCAUCUAGCAAUAACCGCGCAGACGCGUGCAGACCCGACACGCCGCAGGCUGUCGGUGCACGCGCAUGA